UCAAAGCAAAAUAUUAAUUGUAUUGAAAAACUAAAACGCCGAGUCGUGUUUCUGGUAGUGCAAUAAUGUACAAAACAAAAUUAUGAAUUCCUUUCAAAAGGCUUCGCUCGAAAACAAUGAAGACGAUGAAAAAAACAGUACAGACCAAUUAAGAUUGAAAGAAAAGCUUCCUGGUUCACCUGAAAAAAAUUCCCCUAUAUCUACUUUAUAUUCGAUUAAUACCUGCCCUGAAACUAAAGAAAGUUCAUCAGAAUUGAACAGUGAGUUAAAUAAAUCAACAAUAAAUGAGAGUAAUUAUCAAAAUGAUAAAUCUAUUUUGGGUACCUUAGAGGAGACCAUGCCUAAGGGGGACGACGGGAAUGAAAAAAUGUUAUUAGAGGCCAAUGAUGAUGAUGAUUUAGAAUUAAGAUAUGAAGAUGAUGACUUAGAUGAUGGUGAUGAGAAAAUGAAUGAGGAUUCUGAAGAUAAAAAGGAACUAGAAGAUAAUAUAAUCAAAAUACUAGAAGAUAGCACAAGUGUAGCUUUACAGAAUCAAGAUGACAUUCAUGUAGAAUCUGAAAAAAAUGAAGACUGUAUUGAUCAUCAAAUUGAUAAUGUCAAAAAUAAAGCAGAGUUAGAAAAACACAAAAGCAAUGAGAGAUUACUAAAUGAAGAAAACUUUAAUACUUAUAAUGAACUAAAAGAUGAUUUUGCUAUAAUUGAAAAUAAAACAGCUAGUGCCAUUUCAGAUACCAAAAAUAUUUCGAGCAUCACCCAACAUGGUGAUGUGUCAUUUGACAGAAUAGCAGGUCAUGGUUUGAAUAAACCAGAUAUGAUGUUAGAAAUACCCACUCAAGAAUUUAUUGAGUUUAGUGAUGAAGAUGAUGAAGAUUUAGUAAGUGGCAGUUAUAAAAUGUCACCUGACAUUGAAGAUGUUAUUGACUUAGAAGAAAAUGAUAUUGAGUAUUUAGGUGAAAUGAACGAAAGCAAGUUUGAUCAUAUAGAGGAUAAGGUACGAAGUUCAACUGAUAUGGAUAUAGCCAUAGUAGCAGAUCCUGCAGGAAAUGCUUAUGUGUCACAAGAAAUGGUUGAGGGUUCUAAGAAUGCAAACAUGGAUAUAACCCAAAUUGUACAAAUAGAUACUACAACAAAUGCAUUAAGCAAUGAAGCUGAAAUAGCAGCUGAUAUCAUCACAAAAGAAAUGAAUGGUAUGGCUGACGAAACAACUUGUAUUAAAGAUACAGAAGAUACACAAGCUGCAAAAGAAAUUGAAGAAAUGAUCAUUCCACUUGAAACUGAAUUAGGUAAAGAAAUAACUAGUCAAUUUAUUUUAGAUGACACAGAAGUGAUUGAGUUAUCUGAUGACAACACAGAAAAUGAACCAGAACAUGCAGAAACAUUAGUCAAACCUUUAGCUGAUCAAAAUGCUAAGAUUGAAAGUGCAAUUAAGAUGGCAGAACUGGAAGAGGAUAUAAUCAAUCAUACAGAGGAGAUAGAUAACAUUAUUUUAUCUGUUUCAAUAACUAAAACGAGAAUAACUGAUUUUAAUGUAAACGAAAGUGAGUUUAAUACUAAAAAUAUAUGUAUUCUUGGAUUUUCAACUGGUACAAAUUCUAAUCCAGGUUCUGAAAGUGAUACUGAAUAUGAUGAAAUAUUUGGUGAGGAAACCUUUGAUGAUACAAUUGCAAUACAAAAUAUAGCACAUGAUCCAUUAACAGAUGAACUAAGCUUUGCAGGAGAUAGGUCAACUGAAAGCGUAGAGCGUUUUGAAUCAAUGCAUGCUACUGAAGCAUCACAACAAGAUAUGACAAGUAAUAGUAUAUAUAAUGUAAAUAUGUCUGCUUUAAUUUUACCAGCCAACUCUGUUAUCAAUGUUGAACCUAAUUCUGCAUCUGAAUAUGAACCACAAAUAUCAGAAACGCCACAAGCAUUAAAGUCUACGUGUGAACACUAUGUAUCAAUGUUAAAAGAUUCUGAUUCAUUAACCAAUAGUACAUUUGCAGUCAACUCAGUUCCUACGGAACUUUAUGAAUAUAAUAAGAAAACAAAAACAAAUCAUACAAAAGAUCGUUUAAAAUCCCCUAAAACCAAUACAUCUACAGCAGAAGAUCUACCCGUAAUAUCAGAAAAAGGUAUACUGAAAAAACCAGAUUUUAAAAAUGCAGAUAAACCUAUGGAAAUAGAUAACAAACAACAUUCCAUGUCUAUAGAAGUGGAAUUAUCAGAACCAAUUAAACCACAACCCUCUACGUCAAAGAUUGAAUCCAAUAUAUCAGAAAUAGUUGAACAAGAAGAAUCUAAACCGAUGGUUGAAACCAUUAUAGAAGAAAUACUUAAAGCACAACUGACUUCAUUAAACAUUGAAACUAUAACAUCAGAAAUAGCUGAACUACAGUCAUCUAUAUCAAACAUGGAACCAAUACCUGCAAAGACUUCAUUGAAGACUGAAACCAAAACCAAUAUAGUUGAGCCACAGCCAUCUACAUCAAAGUUUGAGACUAUGUUACUAUCAGUAAAACCUGAUCCACAACCAUCAACAUCAAAGAUUGAACCUCAAAUUUUAGAGCCAAUAGAACCGCAACCCUCAACAUCAAAGAUUAGAAAUCUGUCUGCAAUGACUUUAUCAAAUAGUGACACCAAUAGUGAUAUUAUUAUAGCACAACCCUCUACAUCACAGAUUGAAACUAUAAAAUCAAAAAUAGCUGAUCCACAACCAUCUACAACAAAGAUUGCACCACAAAUAUCAGAAAAAGUUGAACCUAAACCCUCUACUUCAAAAUGUGAUUCAGGAUCAUUUAAUUCAAAACCAAACAGUCUGAAAAAUCAAUUAGCAUUUGAGUCUCUGGUUCAGGAUUCAUCUGAUGAUAUUCCUGAAAUGACUGAUAGUCUUGGAUUAUUAGCUGAGUCAUCAAGGGUGAUGGAAGAUGAUGAAGAGCAUGAUGAUGAAGAAUAUGGAGAUGGAGAAGACGAAGAUGAUUUUGAACCUGAUGAUGAAAGCAGCAAUCAGAUGACGGCAGAGCAUUCCGAGGACUCUAACGCUCAUCAUUCGGAGUCAGAUGUACAGAAGGACCCAGAAACACCAAGUGCUGAAACACAAGAGAUACCCUUUAAAGUCAAAAAAGUUAUUCGUGACAUGGAAAAAAUACCUGAGAAAAUAGAAAAAGCUAAGGUAAACAACCAUUUUGACAUAUAUUAUGGUCUAGAGCCAACUUAA